ACCUGCAAGCAACGCAGUGAAUAAAUAUAAGAACCAUUUUUGCCCAUCCAUCGUUUGGUCGUGUUCGUGAACGUCCGAACAUGAAGACCAAGAUGGCUGCUUCUGCUUCUUCGAGUUCAUCUCGUAUCAUCAUCGUCAUGCUGUCAGUAAUGGUUGUCUUUUUGUGCUGUGCUGAGUUUAUACGCAUCGAGGUGAUACUAAAACAACAACAGACCAGAAUUAACCAGCUAGAGAACAAGAUAACCUCUACACUCGAUACAGACAAGAUGUUGAGAAUAAUGGACAAACUAACAGGAAAACAACUUGCAACGAGUGAAGAAGAACGACAAGAAAGAGGAAGACAUCGUCAACGACGAAGCGUGGAAACGAAGAUUAAUUCGAGCAAGAAAGGAGAAGAAACCGAAGAUCAAUUCAUUAAUAUAAUCAGGAAAGAACUUGACAAAGUUAUUACUACACUUUAUGAGAAUAAAUACGGAAAAGUCGUUCGUGGACCACCGGGACCCAGAGGAUCAAGGGGAACUCGUGGAAGAAGAGGACCAAAAGGGCCCAAAGGACAAGAUGGUAAACAAGGCAAGCAGGGAAUGAAAGGAGACCGGGGACUAAAAGGUGAUCCAGGGGAGAGGGGAGAGACAGGUCCCAUUGGUCAUCCAGGACCCCGAGGCAUGUCGGGACCGAAAGGGGAACCAGGUCAAUCACUAGAAGAUCCUCGAGUCAUGAUAUCUCCUCCUCAUUUGAUUGUCAAUGAAAGUCAGUCAGCACUCUUCCAUUAUUCUAUCCGUGGUAAUCCACAGCCCCUGUUUGGCUGGAGUAAAGUGGGAGGUUCAUUAGACACGACAAGAUCAAUAGUUAAUAGUAGCAGAGGUAUACUAGAGAUCAAACAUGUCACAUUCUCUGACUCAGGGAUAUAUCAAUGUAAUGCAUCUAGUAUUCUUGGUAAAGCACUUGCCACCACAAGACUAGUGGUCAACUACCGUCCUCGAGUUAGCCUAAAGAAAGGACCAAUCUACGUUAAGAUAGGAGACAACGUCACACUACCAACAUGUCACGUGAUGGGGCAUCCCAAACCCAGAGUCACGUGGUCCAGGUCCAUUGGUAAAUUGCCAUCAAAUCGUACCCUUACUCGUGAUGACGAGCUGACCUUGUUUAACGUUGUGAAGGAUGAUUCUGGUUUGUAUGUGUGCACCUCUGAUAAUUUUCUUGGUUCUGAUGCUGCAGGAUGUGUACUGGUGGUCGUACAGCUACCUGUGUUUGUUGUCAGACCACCCAACAUAUCCUACGCUAUCGUAAAUUCAUCAUUGACUCUAAAUUGUUCAGCUAAAGGUGAUCCAGAACCAGUGAUCAGCUGGAGAAGAAAAAAUGGUGCUUUUCCCUCUGGUAGAUAUGAAAUAAGCUCAAACGGCUCUCUGGUCUUGAGAAACAUUCAAGUGUCGGACGAUGAUAUCUAUGUCUGCUCUGCUACAAGUGCUGGGGUAUUCGAUGUGCAGGCACAAUCCACACUGAAGAUUUUUCAUCAUGACUGCUCAGAGAUKUACAAAUCAGGUGAAAGACGUAGCGGUGUGUACACGAUCAAGCCCGACAGCCAAGGAGCCUUUCAAGUCUACUGUGACAUGACAACUGACGGAGGGGGGUGGACAGUGUUUCAGAGAAGGCAAGAUGGAUCGGUAGACUUUUAUCUUGACUGGCAGCACUACAAAACCGGUUUUGGAAAACUGAAUGGUGAGUUUUGGUUGGGUAACGAGCACAUCCAUCGACUAACUGCAAGAACACCCUGGGUGCUACGUGUGGAUUUGGAGGACUGGAACAGAAACCAGAAAUAUGCCAAAUAUGGAACUUUUAGUAUUGGUGAUGAAUCAGACAAGUACAGACUCAAGGUUGCUUCGUAUUCAGGUGAUGCUGGGGAGUCUUUACUUAGUCAUAAUAACAUGGCAUUUACUACCAAGGAUAGAGAUUAUGACGUUUGGAGUUCUGGGAACACGGCUGUGCUUUAUAACGGGGCCUGGUGGUAUUACAAUAAUUAUAGAUCUAGUCUAAAUGGAAGGUAUUCCAGUGGGUUUGACGAUUGGAAAGGAGUUCAUUGGAUAAGUGAUUAUAGCACUGCACCCAUAAAACACAGUGAAAUGAAAAUUCGAAGAAAUUCAUUUUAGCCACAUCGUAAUACAGUGAUCAACUAAAGAGGAAAAAUGGAAAUGAAAUAAUAUAGUGUUGAAAAUUGAUUUGUAAAACUCAUUAAUUAGUAAUGAGGAUUCGAGCCAGUCUAGUGUCAGAACUCAGGUCACGUGAAUAUCAUGUAAACCCGAUACAAAAUUUACAAUGAAAAGGCUAAUUAGAUAUAACCACUAGUGGGUGUAUACAGUUCUGAUACAGCACUAGUGGUUGUAUCUAAUUAGCAUAUGAAUUCAAAA